AUGGAUUCCUUAAGUCCCGAUGUUGCGAAAGAAACAGGGGCAUUAAAUAAAAUACACGAUGGUGACUCAAACGAAGAAGAAAUACUUAACCUAUUUUUUACUCCCUUACCACCAGAAAAAAUUUUAAAGUUAUUUACGAAUCUGGUUGAAUUGGUUUUCAUUGGACAACAAGUUAAAGAACUGUCUUUUUUGAAAUAUUGCCCCAAACUCAAAAAAUUAUGGAUCUGUGAAGGUGGAUUAAAAUCUAUGCAAGGUGUUCGAUGCGCAGAAAUUUUGGAAGAAUUGGUGCUAUUCGAUAACAUGAUUAAGCAUAUUGAAGACCUUAGUUCAACGACUACUCUUCGUCGACUUUGGGUUAAUGACAAUGAAAUUGUUACUCUGACUGAAAUUGAAAAUCUAACAAAUGUCGUUGAUCUAAAUCUUGCUGGAAACCAAAUUUCCCGAUUAAACAACUUACUAGCGCCCCUAUCUAAUUUGGAGACACUAAAUAUCUCCCAUAACUUACUCUAUGACCUUCAAGACAUCUUUCUUCUUUCUAAUUUGCCGAAACUAAAAUCCCUGAGUCUAAAUGAUUCCGAGUAUCCGCCAUCAAUUAUUUCACUGCAGCCACAUAUUCUAUUGGCUCUAUCAUAUCAAAUACCCCAGUUGGAUGCCAUUGAUGGCAUUCGCUUGGAUAAACCCUUCCGUUUCCUCAUAGACUCAAUAAUCCGUGAUAAGAAGCUCUUUUUCUACUCCAUAUUCCGACAUCGACAUAAUCAACUACUGAAAUGUAAACGAGAUCUUAAGAAAUUCAGAAAUUGUCUUUCAAAAUAUAUCUUAGAAAAAAUUCGUUUAUUAGAGCUCCAAGCCAAAUUGAUCGAGUCCUACAUUGAACAAGCUCCCAAAAUUGAAAUAAUGAAGUUGAGGAAGUCAUUAGUUGGUGUUCGAGAUAAGAUAACUUUUUGGAAGAACAGAUUAGAAGACAUUGAAUAUGAAAUUGGUCGGUCUGCCAGUUGUAGCCUAAAUCGCUGUCUCUGCACUGCAGAACUUCAGAUGUUCGGAUGUCUAUCUAUUGAUUCAAUUUAUAAAUCGUCAGAUCUGUUCAGCUUUUGUGAAAAUUUUCUCCGGAUGAGAGUAUGCUGGCAUGACAAAUCCUUCGAGUUCUUCACCAAAAUGGACCUGAAAAAUAUCUGGCACAUUCAAAAUGCUCUUUUAAAUGAACGUCGGCGUUCAAUUCAGUCAGGAUUUGAUGAUAUUUUACUGUAUGAUGGGUUUUUUUCAACCGACAAAGACUUUUGUCUUCUUGGGGAAAUUUUGAGGUGUGGUUUUUCGAAUGAAGGUGCUGCUGGACAUUUCAGAUUUGUGUCUCUUUUAAAUAAGCUUCUACCGCCUGAUAAGUUAACCACGGGAAGGUUGUGCAAUAUUUCUUUUAUUAUCCUAGUUGUUCGUGCCAUUAAAAGGGAGAAAGAUGAUUACGUUAAGACUGGAAUUAUGCUCCCUUCUACAAACUCUACCUCCUCUAAUGGAAAACGACAACUUUGUGGUUGCUCUCUAGCGCACUUUGAAUAUGAUUUCAAUGACUGCGAUAACGUUUUUCCUGAAUUUAUUGCUGAGAUACAAUUCAUUUCAAGGUCUGCUAUUACUCAGGCAACAGUGAAUUACAAUGAUAUUGCUGACUUGGCAGAGGAAAUGGAAGACCUAAAGUCUAUUCCCAAUUUGCCCAAUCCUCCUAAUCUUUCUGAAAGCAGUGUAGUGGAAGCCUUGCAUCACACGUGGUUCACGUCUGUAGAUCCUAAGAAAUUGAGUUCAGUGACCAAUUUAAAUUUCUUUGGAACUGAAUUCCGUUAUUUUCAAAGUUUGAAAGAACUGACUUCUCUAACAAGACUUAGUCUCUCAAAUUGCAAUUUACAAGAUCUGCAAGGCCUCAGUUUAAACUUUCUUGAGAUCUUAGAUGUUAGCCAUAAUUCGAUUUCUACUUUCAGAGGUCUGGGCCACUGUCCAUCUCUCUACUCAUUGAAUGCAGACUGGAAUCUUCUCACGAAUUUGGAAGAGGAAGUUGGAAAUCUACUAUACGUCACUAAAAGAUUAGUCAAUAUUCAAAUUGAGUUCAAUCCGUGGAUUUGCUGUCGAACUUCAAACGAAUAUGCUCUUAAGCUAUUUUUGAAUUUAGCUUGUGAUGGGAGGUCACAGGAUGAGAUUCAUAUCGAAAGUAAAGAAAUUUUUUUACACCGCCAUUCAUUCUCAAAGUCUGCAAGGUAUAUGCUAACUCUUUGGCCAGUGACUAAAAUACUUGAUGGGGAUUGUUCUCACAAUAUACGGAAUUUGGAUAUUUUUAUGAAAACAAUCCAAAUUUGGAACCAUCUGCAUCCUGUUACUUCAGGUGCAUUUAAAUCCUUGAAGGCUCUCUAUCUAGACGGCGUACGAUUGACUGACCUCCGAUUCCUAAGUGGACUAGAAGAGCUAGAAGAGCUUUCAGUUGAAAGCAGCAGUCUUCCAUCUCUACAAGGAAUAGGGGAUUUAAGAAAUUUACAGGUUCUUCUUGCUGGUGACAACUUUAUAAAAUCAAUCGCCAAUCUUGGAUUUAAAGGAUUGAAGAACCUGAAAGUUUUAGCAUUAGACAGUAAUGAAAUAACUUCCAUUGUUCAAUUGAAGCAUUGUUAUUCUUUGGAACAGAUUUAUAUUUCUGGAAAUAACAUCACAAGUUAUCAAUCUGUGCUAGCGUUAAAAAACAUACCGGAUCUUAAAGUGCUGGAUUUGAGAUUCAACCCUAUUAAGUUAAAAUUAUCUCAGUACCGACUUAAAACUCUCUAUCACCUUCCUCAUCUUCACUAUCUUGAUGGCAAACAAGUGAACUCUGCUGAAUUUAAAGAAGCCAAGGCUCAUUUUGAUGGUCGACUGACAACUGAAUUCUUAUUGGCUUCUCUCAACAUCGAAACUCCAGAGGAAUUAAGUCAUUUCAAUUAUGUAAAUAAGAAUAUUCGUUCGGUUGAACUGAUUCCUGCUGAGGUAUUCUCGAAUCUGCGAAUCGUAAAUUUGGAAAACAAUAAACUUACUUCAAUUGAAGGUUUAACGGAAUUGAGGAAUUUGGAGAUCCUCUGGUUAUCGGGGAACAGAAUUUCAUCUUUUCACCCUCCUGAUCCAAAAGCGACAUAUUUACCAAAAUUGAGCGUCUUAUCACUUGAAAGAAAUGAACUGAAAUCCCUAAAUGGUCUCCAUUUGAAGAGAAUGCCUUCUAUAGAAACGCUAUUUCUACAAGACAAUGCCUUGACUACAAUAAGUGGCUUAACAGGUAUGGUAAAUUUACAGUAUCUAGUCCUUGAUCGCAAUAGGAUUCACAAAAUUCAUCCAAAAGAGAUCAGUGGUCUGACUAGUUUGAUUGAAAUUCAUCUGGAUAAUAACCGACUUCUCGAUAUUCCACCUAUGGAGAAUUUGGAACAGCUGAAGCAUAUUUAUCUAAGCGCAAAUCGGUUAGAGAGGCUGGAACAUGUUCUGAAUAAUAUGAAGUCGUUAAGUAAACUAUCACACCUCAGUCUACACGAAAAUCCUCUUUCAAAAGUGCCACAUUAUCGAUUGAUUGUGUUGAAAUAUUUACAGAAUCUACAAUGUCUGGAUGGCAUACAUUGUGACUUAGAGGAAAUAAGACUAGCUAAAGUGUUGUUCGAAGAAAAUGACGAUUCCGAAAAUUAUGGAAACAGUUCUCACUCACAAAUCAAACCUUCUUGGCCUAGUUCAAUAAGUGGUCAAAAUCAAUCCUUCCUUGAAACACACUCCCGCGCGUCUUUAGAAGUGAAGCCUCACCAAAUGAAUUUAACUUUCUCUUCAAUUCCCACUUCAUCUUCUCUUAAUGGUGAUAUCGAUUCCCAACCGUAUUUACUUAUGAGCAACUCUAUGAAGACACGAACAACAGAAAGCACUCGGAAAUCGAAAGUUGUGUCGAAGUCGAACACCAAGCGCGUGGUCAUGGUCGUUCCUGGAAUAAGCAUCAAUGCAAUGGCCCAAUUUGAUUCACAAGAGCCAAAUGUAAAUAAGAAUAAUUAG